AUGACGACGGCGACGCGGACGACGCACGCGGGCGCGCGCGCGCGAGGGACGGGCGGACGGCGCGCGCGCGCGCGCGUGAACGUCGCGCGGGCGGCGAACGCGACGGACGACGGCGCGGUGAGCAUUCGACGACGACCGCCGAGCGGACCGUCCAAGCACGCCCUGGGCGUCGGACAGUUUGAGUUCAUGAUCGAGGAAGUGAACGAUAAGGGCGAGCGGGUGACGAACGAGGAGAACAGACCGAGGAACAUCUUGGAGGAGAUCGUGUGGUACAAGGACGUCGAGCUGGCGGAGCGAAAGGAAAAGUUUCCGCUGCAGUUGGUGCGAACGGCGCUGGUGAACGCGCCGCCGACGCGGGAUUUUGUGAAGGCGAUCACGGAUCAGCUCGAGGCGACGAAGCAACCGGGAUUGAUCGCGGAGGUGAAGAAGGCGUCGCCGUCGAAGGGGGUGAUUCAGCCCAACUUUGACCCGGUGAAAAUCGCGAAGGCGUACGAGGCUGGUGGAGCGGCGUGUCUGAGCGUGCUGACGGACGAAAAGUUCUUCCAGGGUGGAUUCGAAAACUUGCAGUUGAUUCGCGAGGCCGGGGUGACGUGCCCGCUGCUAUGCAAGGAGUUCAUCGUCGACGCGUAUCAAAUUUACUUGGCUCGCAAGUACGGCGCCGACGCGAUCCUUUUGAUCGCCGCUGUUUUGCCCAACCAAGACUUGAAGUACUUCAUCAAGAUCGCGCACUCGCUUGGGAUGAAGUGCCUGAUCGAGGUGCACACGUACGGCGAGAUGAAGCGCGUUUUGGAUGGCGACUUUCCCAUUGAUUUACUCGGCAUCAACAACCGCGACUUGGGGACGUUCGAGGUGAGCCUGAGCGUGACCACUGAUCUGAUGAACGGCCCGCUCGGCGAGGAGGUAAAGGAACGCGGCAUCACCAUGGUGGGCGAGUCCGGUAUCUUCACCAUCGACGACGUGAACCUCUUGCAAGAUUCCGGCGUCGGCGCCGUUUUGGUCGGCGAGUCUCUCGUGAAGCAAGACACCCCGGACGUUGGCAUUAAGAAGCUCUUCGGCCGCCCGCUUUAA